AGUCUGAGGGCCGGGGAGGCGGGGUCGAGAUCGGCUGCAACUCGAGAGUUGGUUCUUGGGGCUCAGGGGCCCCUCGGUCUGUCCGCCUGUCCUUUGUUGAUCUGUCGGUGUGUCCUGAACCGCUGCCGUCAUGGAUUCGUCGUCAGGCCUGGAUGCUUCACUCUUGAUUGCGAUCUUGGUAAUUGGUGCAUCAGUAUUACUGCUGUCUUUAAGGAACAUGGGAUCUCCAAAGAAGAAAGAACUUAUCACGUUACUGGAUCCAAAUACAAAAUAUUCACUGCCGCUGAUUGAGAAACAGGAAAUCAACCAUGACACCAAGAUAUUCCGGUUUGGACUUCCUACAUCAGAACACGUUUUAGGGCUCCCUAUAGGUCAACAUGUUUAUCUCUCUGCCAAAGUCGAUGGCAAUCUAGUGAUCCGGGCUUAUACUCCUGUUUCUAAUGAUGAAAUAAAAGGCUAUGUGGACCUUGUUGUUAAGGUUUACUACAAAAAUGUACACCCUAAGUUUCCUGAGGGGGGGAAGAUGUCUCAGUACCUGGAUAACAUGAAGAUAGGGGAUACCAUUGAUUUCCGAGGGCCAAACGGGCUCCUGGUUUAUAAUGGAUCAGGUAAGCUGGCCAUCAGACCGGAUAAGAAGAGUGAACCAAAGAUGAAGUUUGCCAAGAAUUUGGGAAUGAUUGCUGGUGGGACAGGAAUAACACCAAUGCUACAGCUGAUUCGGCACAUUACCAAGGAUCCUGCAGAUGGGACCACAUGCUCCCUUAUCUUUGCUAAUCAGACUGAAGAAGACAUCCUACUGAGAGCAGAACUAGAGGAAGUGGUGAAGAGUCAUCCGAACCAGUUUAGACUGUGGUACACUCUGGACAGGCCUCCUAAUGAUUGGAAGUAUAGCUCUGGAUUUAUUAAUGCAGACAUGAUCAAGGAUCAUCUACCACCACCAGGAGAUGAUACCAUCAUUUUGAUGUGUGGUCCUCCUCCAAUGAUCCAGUUUGCCUGUCAACCCAACCUGGAAAAACUGGGCUAUGCUCAAGACAAGACUUUUGCAUACUGACAAAUUACUAUUACAGCUAGCAAAUGUAUCUUGGUAUUUUUUUUGUAUCGAAUUUCAAACUAUCUUGUUCAAAUGACUCAGCCUGUUCUAAAAUAGUAUGGUUUUUAAAAUGUUAAAAUAAGUAGUUUUCAAAAUGAUCUUCUCUCAGAAUGAGGUACAAAAUUUAAAAACAUAUACAAAACUUUUUGCUCCUGUCUUGUUAUCUGGUCUGAGAUUUACGUAUGCUCUUCAUGUGUCCUGGUCAGGGACCACAGCCUGAGAAGGUACGCCCAAGGGAUUCAGUAUUCAUGUUAGAUCCAAAUGGUAAGGGAUUGUAAUAGAUUUGUAAAACAGAAUUUGGCUCAAUACUUUAAUGAAAUAAAAUUUGUGUAAAAUAAAA